AUGCGCAGAGUCUAUUUCCGUUAGUCCAUAAACCCACGAGAUUUUCUAAUUUUUCCAGUUUUUCAGCCGAAUUCUCUCAAUUUUACCGGUGCUAGAUUAAAUAUGGCGGAUGAUAAAACGAAUGGUUCAAACCGAAUGGGUCAAUUCAAGAAUAAAGGAAAAGACCCAGAGGAAAUGAGAAGGAGGAGAGAGGAAGAAGGAAUUCAGUUACGCAAACAAAAACGAGAAGAACAGUUGUCCAAAAGAAGGAAUGUCUACGAUGAUAAUGCAGUUGCUGAUUCGACCCAGCAUUGUGGUGACUCACUGUUGGGUCAACAUCCAGAUUCUUUGGAAUAUUCGGGAAUUACCGCUGACAUGGUUCAAGCAUUGUAUUCAGGAGAUCCGAAGGAAAUGCUUAAUGCAACCCAAAAAUUUAGAAAGCUUUUAUCUAAAGAACCUAAUCCUCCGAUCGAUGAAGUUAUUAAUGCUGGUGUAGUUCCCAUCUUUGUACAAUUUUUAGAGGAUGACACUAAUCCCCAGCUACAAUUUGAAGCUGCUUGGGCGCUAACAAAUAUAGCCAGUGGCUCUUCAGCUCAAACUCGCGUAGUAAUAAAUUCUGGGGCAGUUCCUCUCUUUAUAAGGUUAUUGAGUGCCCAAUCUGAAAAUGUUCAAGAGCAAGCCGUAUGGGCUCUUGGAAAUAUUGCCGGGGAUGGCCCUGAAUGCAGAGAUUAUGUUUUAAAACAAGAUAUAUUACAACCUUUACUCCAGUUAUUAUUGAAACCUGCAUCGAAAAUUUCAAUGACUCGAAAUGCUGUAUGGUGUUUAUCAAAUAUGUGCAGAGGGAAGAAUCCAUCCCCUGAUUUUGCCAUUGUGUCUCAAAGUCUACCUGUCUUAGCAAAGUUAUUGUUUCAUCAAGACUGUGAUGUUUUGGCUGACACUUGUUGGGCAUUAAGUUAUUUAAGCGAUGGAUCCAACGAAAAGAUACAAGCAGUUAUAAACAGCGGCGUUUGUCGAAGAUUGGUUGAGCUGUUAAUGUCAAAUCAACAACUAGUUGUUUCGGCUGCCUUAAGAGCAGUUGGUAAUAUUGUUACUGGAGAUGAUAUUCAAACACAAAUAAUUAUUACGUGCUCUGCACUGCCUAGCCUCCUUCAUUUGUUAAGUAACAGUAGAGAGUCAAUAAAAAAAGAAGCCUGUUGGACAAUAUCAAAUAUAUCAGCUGGAAACCGAGACCAGAUUCAGCAUGUCAUUGAUUCAAAUAUUUUUCCAAUGAUUAUCGAGAUAAUGGGAAAAGGGGAUUUUAAAACUAGAAAAGAAGCUGCAUGGGCAAUUACAAAUGCUACGUCUGGUGGAAGUAAUGAACAAAUUCAUUAUUUGGUUGAACAAGGCUGUAUUCCACAAUUGUGCAAUCUUCUAACUGUUAUGGAUGCUAAAAUUAUUCAGGUAGCGCUUAGCGGUUUAGAAAAUAUACUUAAACUGGGACUCAGCGAAUCAAAACAAAAUGGAUCUGGAAUCAACCCUUACGCUGCCAUUGUCGAAGAAUGUUACGGAUUGGAUAAAAUAGAAUUUCUACAAAGCCACGAAAACCAAGAACUAUAUCAAAAGGCUUACAAUAUUAUCGAAAAAUACUUUGGAAGCGAUGAAGAAGAUAAGGAAGUGGCUCCUGUUGUUGGAGAUGGACAAUAUAAAUUUCUUGCAGAUGGAACGACGAAUGGUUGCACAGACAAAUUUCAGUUUUGAAGCGUUGUGAAGUUCUUUUGUGAAUAAGUUUUGACACACAAAAAAAAAUUUCAGAUUCAAUGCAGCAUUCAUGCAGACAUACAUUGCUUACAUUUAACACAUACGUUCUACGAAAAGUUAGGUUGCAAGUAGCAAAAUCUUUUACUACUUCCGCAUCUGUUUAAAUCUUCACUGAUAGAGAGGAGAGGCAGAACGUGUACACCAUAAAAAAUGGAUUUGCUUAUAAUCGUCUUACCGCUAAAUUUGAAAAAUUGAAUCCAAUGCUUUUUUCCAAUUUCCUUUGUAGUAAUAUGUAAAAAAUCUCUAAAGUUUAGUAAGUUAACAUUGCUUACUUGCCGCCUUUUCGUUUUUUUGUUUGUUGAAAGUAAAACAGAAAAUUAUCUAUUUUAUUUUUUUUUAAACUUGAAGAAAAUCAAAACCAACAAAGCAUAGCAUCUUCUCUAUAGAAAAAAAAUACUUCCUUUAAGGGAGAUAGAUACAUUGUAUUUUCUAUCAUUCAAUUUAUUCACGAAAUUUCAAAUUUCCAAUUCAUCAUCUUCUAUCUUUUACAGUUUAGCGAAGCAUUUAAAAAAAAACAGAAAAACGACAACUGCUCUUGAACAACAUUAUUGUUAAUUUUUUUUUUAAAAAGCAAGAAACAUAAAAAAAUAUAACUUGAGUUAUUUAAAAAAGAAGAGAAAAGAGAUAAGAUAAUUCUCAAUUUGAAGAUAUUGAAUUAUUUUGCUUUUGAAUACAAUAUGGUGCCUUCAAAAAAAA